AUGAAGAAGCAGUUCAAUCGCAUGCGCCAGCUGGCCAACCAGACGGUGGGCAGGGCAGAAAAGACUGAAGUUCUGAGUGAAGACCUCCUUCAGGUGGAGAAGCGCCUGGAGCUGGUGAAGCAAGUUUCCCACAGCACGCACAAGAAGCUCACCGCCUGUCUCCAGGGCCAGCAAGGCGCCGAGGCCGACAAGCGCUCCAAAAAAUUGCCUCUGACGACACUGGCCCAGUGUUUGAUGGAAGGGUCAGCCAUCCUGGGAGAUGACACACUUCUUGGGAAGAUGCUGAAACUCUGUGGGGAGACUGAGGACAAGCUGGCACAGGAGCUGAUUCAUUUUGAAUUGCAAGUAGAGAGAGAUGUGAUCGAGCCCCUGUUUUUGCUGGCGGAGGUGGAAAUCCCAAAUAUUCAAAAACAGAGGAAACAUUUAGCCAAGUUGGUGCUGGACAUGGAUUCCUCACGAACCAGGUGGCAGCAGACUUCCAAGUCUUCAGGGUUGUCCAGCAGCUUGCAGCCUGCGGGUGCCAAAGCUGAUGCCCUCAGGGAAGAAAUGGAGGAGGCUGCCAACAGAGUGGAGAUUUGCAGGGACCAGCUGUCAGCUGACAUGUACAGUUUUGUGGCCAAAGAAAUUGACUAUGCAAACUACUUCCAAACGCUCAUAGAAGUGCAGGCUGAGUACCACAGGAAGUCGCUGGCGCUCUUGCAGGCCGUGCUGCCGCAGAUAAAAGCACAGCAGGAGGCCUGGGUGGAGAAGCCGUCCUUCGGGAAGCCCCUGGAGGAGCACCUCGCCAUCAGCGGCCGGGAGAUCGCCUUCCCCAUCGAGGCCUGCGUCACGAUGCUGCUGGAGUGCGGGAUGCAGGAGGAGGGACUCUUCCGAGUGGCUCCCUCCGCCUCCAAGCUGAAGAAGCUGAAAGCCGCCCUGGACUGCUGUGUGGUGGACGUGCAGGAGUACUCAGCAGACCCCCACGCGAUCGCAGGAGCUUUGAAAUCUUACCUCCGAGAGUUGCCAGAACCUCUUAUGACCUUUGAACUCUAUGACGAGUGGAUUCAGGCUUCCAACAUCCAGGAGCAAGAAAAGAGGCUUCAGGCUCUGUGGAAUGCUUGUGAAAAAUUGCCCAAGGCCAAUCACAGCAACAUCCGAUACUUGAUCAAAUUUUUAUCGAAGCUGUCAGAAUACCAAGAUGUAAACAAGAUGACUCCCAGUAACAUAGCAAUUGUGUUAGGACCCAACCUCCUGUGGCCACAAGCGGAAGGGAACAUCACGGAGAUGAUGACCACCGUUUCGCUGCAGAUUGUCGGGAUCAUCGAACCCAUCAUCCAGCAUGCGGACUGGUUCUUCCCCGGGGAGAUAGAGUUCAACAUCACGGGGAACUACGGGAGUCCGGUCCACGUGAACCACAACGCCAACUACAGCUCGAUGCCCUCCCCAGACAUGGACCCCGCCGACCGGCGCCAGCCCGAGCAGGCCCGCCGGCCCCUCAGCGUUGCCACAGAUAACAUGAUGCUGGAGUUCUACAAAAAGGAUGGCCUUAGGAAAAUCCAAAGCAUGGGCGUGAGGGUGAUGGACACGUCCUGGGUGGCGCGAAGAGGCUCGUCGUCGGCAGGCCGGAAAGGGUCGUGCGCCCCACCCUCCACGCAGCCCCCCGCCCCUCCCGAGGAGCUGGCAGCGCCUCUGCCCUCGCCCCUGCUGGAGCAGCCCCCAGACGACCCCGCGGUGCCCUCGCUCUCUCCAUCCGGCCUGGGCCUCCAGCCUGGGGCCGAGCGGACCAGCGCUUCCAGAAGCAAGGAGCUUUCUCCGGGAUCUGGGCAGAAGGGAAGUCCGGGUUCCAGCCAGGGGGCACCGUGUGCCGGGACGCCAGCAGGCACCAGCCCCGGCCCGCCGCCGGCCGACCAGAGCCCCCACACUCUCCGGAAAGUUUCCAAGAAGCUGGCACCGAUUCCGCCCAAGGUCCCCUUUGGCCAGCCAGGCGCUAUGUCGGAGCUGCCCACCGGCCAGCCGUCCCCACUUAGCCUGUCGCCUACGCCACCGAGCACCCCGUCACCCUACGGACUCAGUUACCCGCAAGGGUACCCCUUGGCCUCGGGCCAGCUCUCCCCGGCGGCAGUGCCCCCUCUGGCCUCUCCUUCCAGCUUCGCCAGCACUUUAACCAAAUCGCGGCCCACCCCGAAGCCCCGGCAGAGACCCACGCUGCCGCCCCCGCAGCCGCCCACAGCGAGCCUCUCCGCCUCCAGCCCGCAGUCCACGGAGCACCCCGUGCUCGACGGCAUGGCCCCCGGGGAAAGCAUGUCCACAGAUCUCGCUCACUUCGACGUCCCCUCCAUCCACGUGGAGCUCGGGCCGGCGCUCCGCCUGAGUCCCCUGGAGCACAAGCUGCGGCCCUCGGUGGCUGAGAAGAGGGACUCGGAGGAGGACUCAGAGAGCACCGCCCUUUGA